AUGAAGACGAUACAUGAGUCUAGCAUGAUGGAUAACAUUUCGAUAAACAAUACAAGGUUGAAUGAAAAAUACAGAAAAAUAGAGGAGAAGAUGGAAGAGCUGGAAAAUCAAAAAGAAUGCGAAAAGAAAAUCUAUGAUGUAGUAUUCUGCGUAAAAGUCUGUGCUUUAGCAGAAGGAGAAAAAUGCAAGACAAGCCUGAACCCUGGAGAUGAUAUGUGCGAUAUGGACCUGGAAUGCAUCGAAGGAAUCUGCACGAGUAUAGAUAUGGAGCUCGAUGAAACGGCUGAUGAUGAUUACUACGAUGAAUAUGAAGAUGAAGAAUCUGCUGAAGAAAUCUACAGCCACUGUCGUGGUUACUGUAACUACGUCGGCCUCGAUUGCGAAUGGGUGGGCAAAAACAAAACCGCCCUCAUGCAAAUAUCCGUCUGCACACAAGUCGGCAUCAAGUGCUUUCUCAUUCGCCUUUCGAAAGUUGACAUCAGAGUAUGCUACGAGCUGAUGUCAUUUUUGCGCGAUGAGGAUGUCGUAAAGCUUGGCUGUGGAAUCGAUGGCGAUUUUAAACGACUCCAAGAAGUUGAUUUUGUUAUUUUUCAUCCUUCGACCAUCAGUUUCUUCGACCUUCGCCAAAUCAUCCCUGCGACGAAGUAUCAAAACGGUGGUCUGGCAAAUCUUACCCGUCAAAUUCUAGGAAGAAAACUGAACAAAGACUAUCGAGUGCGCUGUUCUAAUUGGGAAGCUGAAGUUCUUUCAGAGCAGCAAAAGACUUACGCAGCUGAUGAUGCUGUUUGUGCUCUUCAGAUUUUAGGGAAAUUGAUGCAAGAACUAGGAGAAUCACGAGUCCAAUACUUUGUGAAUGAAUACAAGAACACCGUCUUCAAGGCAAAAGCAAAACCAGCAAAAAGUAACAAAGAAGAAGCUGGCAAAAUAGGCCAAAAUGCGCUAGAAGAAAAGGUCAAGCGUCGACUGGAAACCAGAGAUUAUGGCUCUGACUACUUCAACCCUCAGUCUGCUUCUGUGAGAAAAGAACCGUUGUACAAUAACUGCGUUAAAUUGCUCGCCCCUGAUGGAGAAGUCCUAUCGAUAACUGAUAAGAAGAAAGCAGAUUGGUACGUCAAGAAGGGCCUAGGAGAAUUGGUUGAAGAUACAGAAACGAGCUUCAUCGUCAAGCUCAAAUUCGAACCCUCCGGAAGACCAAAUACCGACUCUGAAAAAUACUACGUCACAGAGAAAGAAAACGUUUGCGUCGUCUGCAACGAGAAAGACGGGCUCUUGAGGAAGAACGUCGUCCCAAGAGAGUAUCGAAAGCACUUUCCAAUUGUCAUGAAAUGCCACGUCUCGCAUGACGUUGUCCUGCUCUGUCUCAGAUGCCACGGAAGAUCGAAUGAGUUGGAUUAUUUGAAAAGAGCUAGAAUCGCGACCAAAUUCGACGCGCCACUUGGAAACGCUGAUCUAGCGAAAGCGAUUCUGGAGCCAAAAGAUCGAAGAAAUGUACGAUCAGGAGGAAAUGCUCUUAUCAAGAGCCGCAACAAGCUGCCAGAAAAGCGGGUGAAAGAGCUCGAAUCUAUCAUCAUGAAGUUCUUCGGCGCAGAAGAAUGGAAUUCAGAACUUGAGCAGAAAGCAUCGGACUUGCCAGUUUUGGCUGGGAAUGAAAGCGACGCGCAGAAUUUUGUCCAACACGGGGAAAAAGUCGUUACGUCUUUGAUGGAAAGUGGCGGAAUCGAAGAAGUUAAAAACUUCGAAGUCGAGUGGCGACAACACUUCCUCGACGUUAUGGAUCCACAGUUCAUGCCCGAAGGAUGGAACAUCUACCACAACCACGAGCGAAUCGAAGAAAAGCUCGACCGAGAAAGAAAACGAGCCGACGGUACUUACAUUAAACCAGAUCCUCCAACUGAACGAAAUGAAGAUGGAAUUUAUAUUGAAUAA